AUCAAGAAGUCCCUACAAACUUUGGCCAUCUCUCUCUAAUCAUCUCUUUCCAUUACUUAUCAAAUUUAACUUGACCGAGGCGUCAAUUCAACAAUGACAUCAAAUGGAAAUUUGGAAUGGAGGGUGAAUAUGGGUGAUGGAACAACAGAGAUUUUAAGGCCAGAAGCCUCAUUUAUGAAGAACAUAAUGAUGAGAAUCAAGAAUUUUAUUUGGGGAGGAUUGUUAUUGAAGGCUUGGAAGUUCUUGGAAAAGGCAUGGGGAAUUGCAAAUUCUGAGCCAAAGAAAGCUGUUCAUGGCCUUAAAGUUGGGUUGGCUCUCACCAUUGUCUCAAUAUUUUACUACAUGAGACCUUUGUAUGAAGGAGUUGGAGGAAAUGCCAUGUGGGCCAUUAUGACUGUUGUUGUCACUUUUGAAUCAACUGUGGGUGCAACUUUUUACAAAUGUGUAAAUAGAGUUAUAGGAACUUCUCUGGCUGGUUGUUUGGGCAUUGGUGUUCAUUGGAUUGCAGCUGAAUCUGGUGAUAAAUUUGAGCCGAUUAUUCUUGGAAUCUCUCUUUUUCUUCUAGCUUCAGUAACCACAUUCUCCCGGUUCAUACCAUCAGUGAAGUCGAGAUUCGACUACGGCGCCAUGAUCUUCGUCCUCACUUUCUGUUUAGUUUCAAUUUCGGGUUAUCGAGUCGAAAAGCUGUUCGAGCUGGCCCGAACCAGAAUCAGCACCAUUGCCAUUGGAACUUCGCUUUGUAUAUUUGUCAGCAUGCUUUUCUGCCCCAUUUGGGCAGGCAGCCAGCUUCAGAGCCUCACUGCCCGUAAUUUGGAUAAACUUGCCCAUUCCCUGGAUGGGUGUGUUAGUGAGUACUUUGAGAAUGAUGAUGAUACUGAAGAGAUGAAAAAUAAUGAAGAUGAAAAGAAUAAUAAUUCCAAAGUUGAAGGCUAUAAAUGUGUGCUCAAUUCCAAGGCAUCCGAGGAAUCAAUGGCUAACUUUGCAAGAUGGGAACCAGCACAUGGCCGUUUUGGGUUCCGACACCCAUGGAAAAAAUAUCUUGAAGUUGGAGGAGUAAUGCGCAAAUCUGCAUAUUGCAUUGAGGCCCUCCAUGGCUGCCUAAACUCAGAAAUUCAGGCACCAAACUCUUUAAAAUUGCAUUUGGCGGAACCAUGCAAAGCACUAAGCAGCUCUUCUUCAGAAGUCUUGAAAGAACUAUCAAUUGUAAUCAAGAAAAUGAAAAAAUCAACAAAGAUAGACUUUUUAGUGUCAAAUAUGAACGUUGCUGUUCAAGAACUUCAAAAUGCCAUAAAGUCAUUUCCAAGUACUCAAAUGGAAGUCUCAUUAUCAGAACAAGAGGAAGAAGCCAAUAAUGAGGAUCAUAAAGCAGCAACAACAACAAUUCCACCUCUAAUGAAGCUUCUUCCACUGGCCACAUUGGUAUCUCUUUUGAUAGAAACUACAUCGAGAAUCGAACACGUUGUGAAUGCAGUUGAGACGUUAGCUAAUGUCGCUAAUUACGAUUCGGAAGACGAGAAGAAGAAGCCAUCUUCUUCAGAUAACCAUGAUCAUAAUGUAGCCAUGAGGGUCUUUCCAGAGGCCUGAGUUCAUUAACAUCUUCAAAUAUAUAGUUUAUUAUAUCAUAUAUAACUGAAAUCUCCCUUUAGUUCUACUUUUCUAAACCUAAACCCUAAUCAUAUAUGUCUUGUAUGACUAUAAUUUAUUUAGAAUUCUGGAAUUUUAAUUUUUCCCCUUUUUGUUGGGAAUUAAAAUGAUGACUACCACUAUGUAUAUAUAUAAUGUCUCAUAUAGUAUACUCCCCUAAUAUGUAUGCCAUUGUACUAUUUGAGAGUACUAAUCACAAAUAUUUUACCAUUAA